CAUCACAUUUCCAGGUCAAAAAAAUGGCGGCAAGUCAAAGCAUGAUGGCAGAUCCAGAACUGUGCAAGUACCGCUCUCCCCUGACUUCCAGGUACGCCAGCGAGGAGAUGGCCUACAACUUCAGCGACAUGAAGAAGUUCACCACGUGGAGAAAGCUCUGGUUGUGGCUGGCUAAGGCCCAGAAGACUCUGGGUCUGGACAUCACAGAUGACCAGAUCCAGGAGAUGGAGGCCAACUUGACCAACAUCGACUUUGACCAGGCGGCCAUCGAGGAGAAGAGACGCCGUCAUGAUGUCAUGGCUCACGUGCACACCUUCGCUAUCUGCUGUCCCAAGGCUGCGCCUAUUAUUCACCUGGGCGCAACAUCGUGCUACGUGGGAGACAAUACGGAUCUAAUUGUGAUGAGGGAUGCCUUCGACAUUAUCAUGCCAAAGCUGGCCCGCUGUAUCCAGCGUCUGUCAUUGUUUGCAGAGCAGUACAGGAGUCAACCCUGUCUGGGGUUCACCCACUACCAACCAGCCCAGCUGACCACAGUUGGAAAGCGAGCCUGUCUGUGGCUACAGGACCUGUGUAUGGACCUGAGGAACAUGGACAGGGGACGGAACGAACUCAGGUUUAGGGGAGUCAAGGGGACCACCGGCACACAGGCCAGUUUCUUGGAGCUGUUUGAAGGAAACCAUGAUAAGGUAGAACUGUUGGACAGGAUGGUCAUGGAACUCGCUGGAUUCAAGAAAACAUACCUGGUGACAGGGCAGACCUACAGUAGGAAGGUGGACUAUGAAGUGUUACAGGCUCUCAGUGGACUGGGAGCCUCUGUACACAAGAUCUGUACAGACAUCCGUCUGCUGGCUAACAUGAAGGAGAUAGAGGAGCCAUUUGAGCGGGAUCAGAUCGGUUCCAGCGCCAUGCCGUACAAGAGGAACCCCAUGCGGAGUGAGCGGUGCUGUAGUCUGGCCAGACACCUCAUGACCCUCUGUCUGGACCCCCUGCAGACUGCUGCUGUCCAGUGGUUCGAGAGGACGCUGGACGACAGUGCCAACAGACGAAUCUGCCUGCCUGAGGCCUUCCUGACAGCUGACAUCCUCCUCAGUACACUACAGAAUAUCUGUGAGGGGUUGGUGGUCUACCCUAAGGUUAUAGAGCGUCACAUCAAGCAGGAACUUCCCUUCAUGGCAUCAGAAAACAUCAUCAUGGCUAUGGUCAAAGCUGGUGCAAACAGACAGGAGUGCCAUGAACAGAUCCGUGUGUUGUCCCACCAGGCAGGGUCUGUGGUGAAACAGGAGGGGGGAGACAACGAUCUCAUCCAGCGCAUCAAGAGUACCCCGUACUUCUCACCUGUACAUAGCCAGCUGGAACACCUGCUGGACCCCACAACAUUCGUGGGCAGGGCACCUCAACAGGUUGAAAAGUUCCUUGAGGAAGAAGUGAAACCACUCCUGAAGCCUUUCUCUCAUCAGAUGAGUGAAAUAUCAAGCCUGGAACUCUGAUAGAAGAUCUCUCUAUGGAUGUCGAGUAUAAAAAAAGUUUGAAUCAUGUAUACUUAAUAUGUUUUUCCCUGGAAUGUUGUUGACUUUAAUAUCAGACUACAUGUCUAUAAAGGAUGUGCAAGAACAAAUCAUGAAAGGAAAGUAUUGCAUGAUAAAGAAAU